AUGGUCCUAGGGGAGGAAAAGAAUCUUACUACGACUUACCCUAUAAGGAAACUAGACGGAACGGAAAAAUCGAAUGUCGGCGUUUGCCGACGCUUGAUCUGGGCAUCAUCAACAAACACGCCCACUCUUUUUCAACAACCACCAUCACCAACGACGCACACCCACCUCUCGCCAACGUCACCACCGGCCACCACGACGCACACCGGCCAUCCAUCACCCACCACAAGCACGGCACGUCCCAAGUCGGCAAGGCCAACGCCCGAACGCGUCAAGGAGCGCCUGGAGUAUACACGCUGCCACGUCGCCGACAGCGACGUGGCAACUAGAACUACCACAAUGCACGACGACGACGAUCCCGACACGCCACGUCACACGCCGCGACCACGAUACAUGACAACCACGCCACGAAGCAACCACCCACACAACCACCACACUACCACAGCAUACGCGACAACCACGCCACGUCACACCACGAAGCGACCAGCUACGAGACCACGACACGACAACCACGCCACGUCACACGACGAAGCGACCACGAACGGACACCCACGCACACAGAAACGGCCAACGGACACAACGAGGACACGAAGCAAGCGCACGACAACGAGUGCACGCCAAGACGACGCGACAACGAAGACACGACGCGAACGACGUGCACGACACACAGGACGACGCCCAGUGGUCCCCACUCCAUCCCUCCCUCCCUCACUCACUCUUCCCUCCCACCAUCCCUCUUCCUUCAUCCUUCCUCCCUUCCUCCAUCCCUCUUCCCUCCCCCUCUUCCUUCCCCUCCACACUCCCUCCUCCUUUCAUCAACCACACUCACCUCCCUCCCUCACUCCCUCCCCUCCAUCCCUCUCCAUCACUCCCCCUCUUUUCAUCAACCACUCUCUCCCCACCCCUCCCACCCCCCUCCCUUUAACACUCAAUGUAGUAAUAUAG